CUGAGAUUUCUAACAGAUUUAACUUAAUUUUGUACGUUGAGUUGGUCAUCUCUUCCUAGAUACUAGUAAUAAUGCGAAAAUGUAUUUAUUACACUGCACACAACGUGUUCGCUAGAAAACUAUGAAAAAUGGACAUGCAUUGAUCCUACAAAACCAUGGAUCCUCUCCCCACUCUUUCAAUCUUGUACGUGUACCUUUCCACCAUUUUGAAAAUCUUCCGGGAAAACAGUUCCACAAGAAAAUCACCGGUGAAAUUGAACAUUUGAAAAUUGGGCCGAAAUAUAAAGGCGCAUUCACAUUUCAUAUCACCACACAGCUGAUCCGCAUGUGUUGACGUGCAGUUUAGUUUAUACGUAAAAAUGGCAGUAUCUUCAGCGUCUUUGUCAACAAGGAAUAAAAAACAUUUUCUUGGUGUUCCUGCACCUCUUGGAUAUGUAGCUGGUGUUGGAAGAGGUGCCACAGGAUUUACAACACGUUCGGAUAUUGGACCUGCUCGUGAUGCCAACGACGUUUCUGAUGACCGACAUGCACCACCAACCAAACGAGCUAAGAAGAAAGAAGAAGAAGAAGAGGACGAAGAGGAUCUUAAUGAUUCAAAUUAUGAUGAAUUCUCAGGAUAUGGUGGAUCUUUAUUUAGCAAAGAUCCAUACGAUAAAGACGAUGAAGAAGCAGAUGCUAUUUAUGAAGCUAUUGAUAAACGAAUGGACGAAAAGCGAAAGGAAUAUCGAGAGAAACGGCUGAGAGAAGAACUUGAACGUUAUCGACAAGAACGACCUAAAAUUCAACAGCAGUUUUCUGAUCUAAAAAGAGAACUAGUUAAUGUAUCUGAAGAUGAAUGGAGAAAUGUUCCAGAAGUUGGUGAUGCUCGUAACAGGAGGCAAAGAAACCCUAGAGCAGAGAGAUUUACUCCACUUCCUGAUUCAGUGUUAGCAAGAAAUUUAGGUGGUGAAACAUCUACUAGUAUUGAUCCUUCAAGUGGUUUAGCUUCUAUGAUGCCAGGAGUAGCAACACCAGGAAUGUUGACUCCAACAGGAGAUUUAGAUCUGCGUAAAAUUGGUCAAGCCAGAAACACUUUGAUGAAUGUAAAAUUAAAUCAAGUUUCAGAUUCUGUAGAAGGUCAAACUGUUGUAGAUCCGAAAGGAUAUCUAACUGAUCUCCAAAGCAUGAUACCAACAUAUGGUGGGGAUAUUAAUGAUAUUAAAAAAGCUCGUUUACUCCUCAAAUCUGUGCGAGAAACAAAUCCAAAUCAUCCACCAGCUUGGAUUGCAUCUGCACGUUUAGAAGAAGUUACUGGAAAAGUUCAGGCUGCCAGAAAUCUGAUUAUGAAAGGAUGUGAAGUUAAUUCAAUGUCUGAAGAUUUAUGGUUGGAAGCAGCUCGACUUCAACCACCAGAUACAGCUAAAGCCGUAAUUGCUCAAUCUGUCAGACAUAUUCCUACAUCUGUGAGAAUCUGGAUUAAAGCAGCUGAUCUUGAGACAGAAACUAAAGCUAAACGAAAGGUAUUUCGGAAAGCUUUAGAACAUAUACCCAAUUCUGUAAGACUAUGGAAAGCAGCUGUAGAACUUGAAGAACCUGAAGAUGCUCGAAUUCUUCUUAGUCGAGCAGUUGAAUGUUGUCCUACAAGUGUAGAUCUUUGGUUAGCUCUUGCAAGAUUAGAAACUUAUGAUAAUGCUAGGAAGGUUUUGAACAAAGCUAGAGAAAAUAUUCCAACUGAUCGACAAAUCUGGACAACUGCUGCAAAAUUAGAAGAAGCUCAUGGAAAUAAACAUAUGGUAGAAAAAAUUAUUGAUCGUGCCAUUUCAUCUUUAAGUGCUAAUGGAGUGGAAAUUAAUAGAGAACAUUGGUUCAAAGAAGCUAUGGAAGCUGAAAAAGCAGGAGCUGUUCACUGCUGUCAAGUUAUAAUCAAAGCAAUCAUUGGUUAUGGUGUUGAAGAAGAAGAUAGAAAACAUACUUGGAUGGAAGAUGCCGAAACUUGUGCUCAACAAGGCGCAUUGGAGUGUGCUCGGGCUGUUUAUGCUUAUGCUCUUGCUACAUUUCCAAGUAGAAAAUCUAUUUGGUUACGAGCAGCAUAUUUUGAAAAAACGUAUGGUACUAGAGAGUCAUUGGAAGCUCUUCUACAACGUGCUGUAGCUCACUGUCCGAAGAGUGAAGUUCUUUGGCUUAUGGGUGCUAAAUCUAAGUGGCUAGCAGGUGAUGUUCCAGCAGCUAGAGGCAUUUUAUCUCUUGCAUUCCAAGCUAAUCCUAAUUCCGAAGAAAUUUGGUUGGCUGCAGUCAAGUUGGAAUCUGAAAACUUAGAAUACGAAAGAGCUAGACGUCUGCUAGCUAAAGCACGAGCAUCAGCACCUACAAGAAGGGUUAUGAUGAAAAGUGCAAAAUUAGAGUGGGCCUUAGAUAAUUUAGAUGUAGCUCUCAAUCUCUUGAAAGAGGCUUUAGAAACGUUUGAUGAUUUUCCCAAACUAUGGCUUAUGAAAGGUCAAAUCGAAGAACAAAUGGGUGAUUUGGAUAAAGCACUUGAGACGUACAAUCAUGCAAUUAAAAAAUGCCCAAAUUCUAUACCUCUUUGGAGAUUAUUAGCAGAUUUGGAACAUCGUAAGAACCAAAUCACUAAGGCAAGAUCAGUUUUAGAGAAAGCACGAUUGAAAAAUCCCAAAAAUGCUGAAUUAUGGCUUGAAGCAAUCAAAAAUGAAAUGAAACCUGGCGGUACUCGAGAUAUGGCGAAUACGUUGAUGGCUAAAGCUUUGCAGGAGUGUCCUAAUUCUGGUUUAUUGUGGGCUGAAGCUAUUUUUAUGGAACCUAGACCUCAAAGGAAGACAAAAAGUGUUGAUGCUCUAAAAAAAUGUGAACAUGAUCCACAUGUUCUUUUAGCUGUAUCAAAGCUUUUCUGGUGUGAACAUAAAAUUCCUAAAUGCAGAGACUGGUUUAAUAAGACUGUAAAAAUUGAUCCGGAUCUUGGUGAUGCAUGGGCGUAUUUUUAUAAAUUUGAAUUACUGAAUGGCACUGAAGAACAACAAGAAGAAGUGAAGAAAAGAUGUAUAGCAGCUGAACCUCAUCAUGGUGAAAAUUGGUGUCGUGUAUCAAAAAAUAUCAAAAAUUGGUGUCUCAGUAUUGAUCAAAUAUUAGUUCUGGUUGCCAAAGAAUUACCGAUUCCAAUAUAGAUUAUUGAUAUAUUAUAUAUACAAAUUUUUAUGUAUUACACUAUCUACAUAUAUAUAAUUGAUAUUUAUAAUUUAGCUAAACAAUACAUAACGUGUGCUAUUUUAUUAAUAACGUACGUCUGUUUGAUUGUUAUUUAACUCCAUGGAUCG